AGUUAUAUACCUGUACGUAUCCUAUACGUAUAGGAAACUAUUGUAAUCGUUUAUACACUAUAUAUAUAUGAGAUCCUCACCCGACGGAGCACGUCGGGUCAGCCAAAACCUUUAUUCUUUACGAUCGUUUUAUGGUAUCAGAGCCUAGCGUGACCUAGGUUGUGCGCGCCGCCUGAAGCUUCCGCCGCCGCCGGUGAUCUCCUCGCCGGCCCCCUUGGUCGCGAUGACCACGACCGGAUCCGCGAUCCUGCCUGCGACUCUGCCGGUGACCUCCUCGCCGGACACAACUGCCCAGACCGCCGUGACCUCCGCUCCGCCGCCAGCUCUCCCGCAGAUGGUUUCGAGCGGGCCUGUGGCUGCUCCGGCUCGGACUGCCGAUUCUCCAGCAGCGCUGCUGCCAGGAUCCCUGCCAGCAACUUUCGAUCCUGCAGCAAUCUACACGGAUGCCGCCCGUGUUGCCGCUUCUCUCGGCCAAGGCGCCGGGAUGGGCUUCUCCCCCAUGGCCGGGUAUCCAGGGUUCUACCCCGGGUAUCCAGGGUACCCUAUGAUGGGUUUUGUGCCGCCCCCAAUGGCGCAGCACUCAACAGCGCCCUUGCUAGGGCUUCCGGCGCCAUCUGCAGCGCCUCCCGCAUCGCCCUAUGGCUCUACAUCAACAUCGCCGUACGACCCUGCUCCGACCCCUACGCCGGCGCAUGCUUUUCCACAUGGUCUGCCCCCGGUGGUCACUAUUGCUCCGUCGAUUACUAUCAAACUGACGAGCGAGAACUACCUCUUCUGGCGUGCCCAAGUUGGUCCGCUUCUCCGCAGUCAUCUGCUGAUGGGUUAUGUCGAUGGCACUGUUCCAUGCCCUGAUCCCCACAUUGUUGUUCCUCACGCUGGUGGCAUGCAUCAUGUCCCUAACCCGGCGCAUCAGCAUUGGACUCAGCAGGACCAAGCCAUUCUUUCUGGUUUUGUCUCUUCGAUGACGGAAGGCGUUCUUGGCAUGAUCAUGUUCUCCGGCACUUCUCGCGAGGCCUGGGAGACUCUCGGAGAUGGCUGA